ACCAUUACUCUCUCAUCCAAAUAUCUCUCGAAAUCUCAAAAUCUCGCAAAUUUCUCUCUCGCAAAUCUCUCUGUCUCUCUCUCAAAAAAGAUGCAGAUCUUCGUGAAAACUCUAACCGGCAAGACCAUCACCUUGGAGGUGGAGAGCUCCGACACCAUCGACAACGUGAAGGCCAAGAUCCAGGACAAGGAAGGCAUCCCUCCCGAUCAGCAGCGAUUGAUCUUCGCCGGAAAGCAGUUGGAAGACGGCCGUACUCUCGCCGACUACAAUAUUCAGAAAGAGUCCACUCUUCACCUCGUUCUGCGACUCCGCGGAGGCAUGCAGAUCUUCGUCAAAACCCUGACCGGAAAGACGAUCACGUUGGAGGUGGAGAGCUCCGACACCAUCGAUAACGUGAAGGCCAAGAUCCAGGAUAAGGAAGGGAUUCCGCCGGACCAGCAGAGGCUCAUCUUCGCCGGGAAGCAAUUGGAGGAAGGCCGUACCCUCGCCGAUUACAAUAUCCAGAAAGAGUCUACGCUCCACCUUGUGCUCAGGCUCCGUGGAGGCAUGCAGAUCUUUGUGAAAACCCUAACCGGGAAGACGAUCACCUUGGAGGUAGAGAGCUCCGACACGAUUGACAACGUGAAGGCCAAGAUUCAGGAUAAGGAAGGCAUUCCACCGGACCAGCAGAGGCUCAUCUUCGCCGGGAAACAAUUGGAGGACGGUCGUACCCUUGCCGAUUACAACAUUCAGAAAGAGUCAACUCUCCAUCUCGUGCUCAGGCUCCGUGGAGGUAUGCAGAUAUUCGUGAAGACUCUGACAGGGAAGACGAUUACUCUGGAGGUGGAGAGCUCUGAUACGAUCGAUAAUGUGAAGGCGAAGAUUCAAGAUAAGGAGGGAAUUCCUCCGGACCAGCAGAGGCUGAUCUUUGCUGGGAAGCAAUUGGAGGAUGGGCGUACUCUAGCUGAUUAUAACAUUCAAAAGGAGUCCACUCUUCACCUUGUUCUUCGUCUUCGCGGUGGCCAGUAAAUUUCUUUCAAAAUGUGGUUUUCUGAAUAAGUGUAAUGGUAGUUGUUUUGGCUAUCAGGUUUCUUCAAAUCAAAACUAUGUUGUGGUUAAGAUUAAGUUCUUUUUCGUUAAUGUACUUAUCCCUAAAUAAAUAAUAGUGCCUUUAGUUUGUUCUAA